UGCUGUUGUUCACAUCGUUAACAUGGCACCUAAAGGUAUGAUCGCCGCGACAACUGUUCUCCUCUGCUUCAUACUGGGCCUGCUCGGUCCAGCUCCAGCUGCCUUGGGGUCCAACACUGGCAAACUCUGUUGUACCAGAUACAACAGGAAGCCAGUACCCUUCCAGCGUAUAAAGGGAUACAGAGAACAAACCACCAAGGAAAACUGCCACAUUGACGCGAUCAUUUUCUACACGAUUAAGAGGAAUGAAAUAUGUGCGACAAGAAAGGAUGAGUGGGUGAGGAAAACUCUGGAAUUACUCAGUUCAAAAUUGAGAAAGAUGUCCAAGACUGGCCCUGCUGCAGGUGAAACUACGAUGAAGAAAGGUGGAUUUUACAUCGCUACCACAGAAACCUUCAUCAACAGCACGGAAAGUUACUACUCGUAAAAAAGGUGGCGGCAUUCAAGAAAAGAUUUGACAUCAAAGAAUUUGUGAUACAGAAAUGCCAAUUAGAGGGAAUGUUUGAGAGAUACUGAACCUACUGUAACACAGUCAUGUAGGGGAUUUUAUCUCUGAAAAAGUAUUAAAAAUUUUUGUUUUAAAAAAGCUACUUGCCUAAACAUAUGCAGCGUCAGCAUAUAAUCGUGACUUAAGGGCAACCUGUGAAGAACAGCUUUGAGACUACUGAUGCAGAUUAUGUGCUUAUCCACUCAGCAAAUGUUCAAAAUCAUGCUUUUGUGAUUAUAUGCUGUUUUAAUUUCUGCUAUGAAUCUGCUGUUUAAUCAAGGGAAUGUACUCAAAAUGCUGAUAACAGUUCUCAUAAAUAAAUUUACUUCAUAGUA